AUGGCUUCCAACAUGAGUGGCAAAGUGUUCUGGGAGCGGAUUGCCCAGAAGUACAACGUUGGUCGACCUAGAGGGUCGUUCGAGCGUAGCUACGUGAAGCUACGCAAGCAUUGGGGUCGGGUCCAGAAGGAGAUGAACAAGUGGAAUGACAAGUGGACUAACGUAGUCCAGAUGUGGCCGAGCGGGCACAGCGAUAUGGACCUCGUGGAGAAGGUUAGGGCGAAGUUUUUCUUUGACUGGAAGAAGCAACGAAAGAAGCAGUUCAAGUACUUCGACGUUUGGAUGAUUGUCGAGAAGAGCCCGAAGUACACCGGUGGGACAGAACCGGUGGCAAGUGGGACGCCGAAGAGAACCAAAGUUUCCACCGCCGGAAACUACUCUUCAAGUGAAGGAGGUAUGGCAAUCGAUCUCAACGUGACAGACGACAACGUCUUCCUCUCAUCCCUUGGUACUCAAAGCCGUCCGAUGGGAACAAAAGCGGCAAAGAAGAAAGCGAAGGGGAAGGCAACUACUAGGAGCUACCCCACUAUGCCGCUGCCGCCGCCCAAUCCUUCUCUGGAUAAGAUAUCCGACUCUAUGUCGGAUAUGAGUAUUACCUUGCGGAUGGGCCAGUUGACGGAGUGA